AUGUGUAAGCAUCUAAUUAGUUUUGUAUUAUGUAUUUUAAUAUCUAUCAAGGAAAUUAUAUGUUGGACAGAUGAAGGACAUAUGUUAGUAAGUGCUAUUGCAUAUAACCUACUGAAUGAAGAAGAAAGGUUAGUACUAGAUAAAAUUUUUAAGAAUUACAAAGAAGACAAUGAUUUCAACAACCCUAUAACUGGAGCUGUAUGGGCUGACCACAUAAAACCAAUUGAUUAUCACUAUCCAAAUAAUGUUAGAAGAAUAGGUGGUAUUGAUCUAAUGAAUAAAUGGCAUUAUAUAAACAUACCAUACAAUCCAAAGAAUGCUAAGAUAAAUGAAUAUCAUAAACAGUAUUACAUAAAAACAGACAAUGCUUUAACAGUGUUAAAACAUAUAUUUACUUCAUUAAAAAAUGUAAAGAAAAAAGAAAACCAUGGUACAUUUUUUUCAUAUAAUUUUAAUUUAAGAUAUUUUAUUCACAUUUUUGGUGAUGUACAUGAACCACUACAUACUAUUAAUUUUUUUAAUAAAAAUUUUACACAAGGAGAUAGCGGAGGAACUCAAAUUCAUAUAUUGUAUAAUAAUAAAGUAGAAAAAUUACAUUACUUAUGCGAUUGUGUUUUUCACACAAGAAGCAAGAAAUGGCCAAAUACAAAACCCGAAAAAAUACUACAAGAAGCAUAUGGGUUAAUGAAAUUAUAUCCCCCUGAUUACUUUGGAAACAGAUUAAAAAAUGACUUAAAUGAAUUAGAAUAUCUCGAGUUUAUGAUCAAUGAUAGUUACAAUAAAGCUGUCGAAAGUAUUUACUCGAUCUUCCCUCUUGAUACCUUAAACAAAAAAACUUCCUAUGUUAUAAAUACUUUUUUUGUUAUUAACCUAAAGAAAAUAUUAAACGAACAAAUUGCUUUAGGAGGAUACAGAUUAUCACACUACCUAAAAAUUAUGAUAGCCAACGUUCCUACAGAUCUCUUGCAAUAG